AUUCUGUCCACAUUUUUGUUAACUUUGAAUCAUGCCGUCAACCAGACAUAUUAAGAAACCUCACAGAAUUAGCACCAAGGCGAAACUACGCCUCCACUACUACCGAAUACUUCUAGAAACUUCAAACUUUGUUGAUAAAUUUCGAAAAGAAAAAUUACCCAUUGACAGCGACGACAAUGGAUUGUACCGAGACCCCAAAGAAGAAACGACUCAACCCUCUAAAAGGACACCACGUCGGAAUACGUCGCCCCCUGUUGAGAAGAAGACAAGAAACGAAGGUACAAGGCGAAAGGGUCACGACCACGUAAAGUCACCCCUCUUUAGCAGCAGUCCGACCAGCAGCGUCGAUCAGGUCGUCCGAAAAGGAAGGGUCAAACUGUGUCCAUCUCAGAGUGCGGACGAAUUCUAUCAAUUUCAGUACGAGCGGAUGAACAAGAGCUAUGCGGAUAUGUACCUUGGCCCCAGUCACAGUCAGAUCCUCGCUUCCUCGUGCAAAAAUAAUAUGAUCACUCUUGAAGAACAAGAAGAAAUAUGUCUGCCUUUACCUCACAAAGUCAGAGUCCGAGCCGUUUCCAGUGAUGAGAGCAUUUUUCACAGGCAGAAGAAAACAGACGCCAGACAACGUCGUCGUCGCUCUUCUCGAACAACGAGACAAAGCGCGUCCCACGUUGAGGAGACCUCGUGCAAAGAUGUGGGCGGAGAUCGUCGCAAUAAUGAUAGUCUGAUUGGGAGAGAGAAGGCGGAAAAUAAUGGUGAUGGCGAAACUACUUAUCCCCAAAAAUCUGCAAGUAUUCAUCAGGAGGAGAUUAUCCGGGCAGAUUCAGACCACGGAAAAAUACGCAUCUCCAGACACCGUAUUCAUCUCAGAGCAGAGAAUGCGGAAAAUAAUAAUGACGAUGAUGAUGCCGACCGUGGCUGGACCGUUGAGACGAAAACGAUGGAAAUCAUUCAAGUCGAAACGAGCGAAGAGUCCCCAUCUUCUACUCGUGACGAGGAGAAGGAUCUCGCCCUAGUUCAGAGCGACGAGAAAGUCGACCAGACCAAAGGUCCCGCUGAGAAAAGAGCAGCCGCCAAGAAAUUAGCGAAACAAGUCCGCCUGCAAGGAUUGAGGCGGCGGAAACAGGUCAUCAAAAAAAGCAUGACUGACUCCUUGUCCGCCAUCAAGUCCACCAUCCACGCGCUCACUCACCGCCGUCGAGACCCCUCCGCCUACAACAUAAAAUCCUACCCGCUCCGAUUCGGUCUUUCUGUUGUCGACCCACGCAGAAAAGCAGCGGCCCCAUCAACGUCGUCGUCGUCACUAAUUCCACUUUUCGACCCCAUUUCUGGGAGAAGGUUGAAACUCAAGAAGGGCGACGACAGCUCCAUGUUGACGAAAAUAUUUGACGUCAUGUCGCCCAAGAAGGGGAAUAAUUACAACCACGCCCAGACGAAAUCCCACCCGUACAACGUGACCAAAUUGAAUAAUAGUAAUAAUAAUACGCCUGAAACGAACGUGGUGAGAAAAACCUUGUCCGAAAUCUACCAACAGAGCGGUAACAAUAACGAGAAAAUGACACGAUCCUAUUACCACGACUCUGCUUCCGAUGAUGAUGAUGACAAAAUUCGCGAGUACUAUUACAAACCGCAGUCCCCCAUGACGGAAAAGUAUGCGGAAUUAUUGCGAAAAUAAAAUAUUAAGAUAUGUACAUAUGUUAA